AUGCAGUCGUAUUCCGUCGUGCUUGGUCGCAACAGCAAAAAGUCGUCCGUCGAUCUUGACCUCUCCGCGCUCGGCGGCGGAAUGAACGUUUCGCGAAACCAUGCGAGGAUCUUCUACGAUUUCGCCGCUCGCGAAUUUCGCCUGGAGGUGCUCGGCAAGAACGGCGUGUACGUGGACGGGCAGUCGAAAUCUUCUGGAUCUGACCCGAUUCCGCUAAAAUCCCAGCAGCUGCUGCAGGUGGGGGAUAAACGGUUCUAUUUUCUUCUUCCCGCCAGAAAGCCAGACCCUCAUGCCAAACCUGAACCGCCUCCUGCAGCAGGUUCGGCACCUGGACCUCUGGUUCAUGCCCUGGGGAAUCACUCAGCCAAGUGUCAGAUGGCAGUGGGGGAGGGGUUGGAAAAGGCAGAGAAGCGGUUGGGGAGGGUAAGAGAGGGUCAGAAGGCAGUGGGGGAGCGGGUGGAAGGGGGAGAGGAGCAGGUGGGGAGGGUAAGAGAGGACGCAGUCGUGGUAGAGGGAGUGGGGGGCGCGGGAAUAAGAGUAACUCCAUUCCGCCUGCUAGCCACGUCACCGGUCAUGCAGCGGGACGCAUCGCCUGUAGUGCAGAGCGAGGCGGGGCAGAGGGAGCAGAGGGAGCAGGGUUCGAGGCUUGUGGGAGCACAGGGGAUGCUGGGGUUGCAGGGUGCAAGGGGUGAAGGUGCGCACGAGAUGCAGGGCGUGCAGGGGCUGCAAGGCUUGCAGGAUGCACGGUUUGUAGGGGCGCAGGGCGAGAAUGGCGCGCAGCAGGGGAUGCAGGGUACUCAGGGGACGCAGGGGAUACAGGGAAUUCAGGGGAUACAGGGCUUGCAGAGUGCAAGGGCUGAAGGGAUGGGAGUGGUUGUUGCGGAGGAUGGGAGGGCCACGGGCGGAAGAGGCAGGGGUGGAAGGAGAAGCGCGCAGGGGGGAAUGGGAAGGGGGAGGAGAGGAGGGAGACGGGGAGGGGUGGUGGAAGGGACGAGUGGAGGAGUGGGUGGAUCUGAACCUGCUAACACAGCCAGUGGGGUGGGCAGUGCGGUAGGCAGUGCGGUGAUAUUGGGUGGCAGGGUUGGGAGUGGGAUGGUGAUGGGUGGUAGGGUGGGGAGUGGAGUGGGCGGUGGUAUGGAUGGUGGCAUAAGCAGUGGGGUGGGUGGUGUCAUGGGUGGUGGGGUGGGCAGUGACAGUGGCGUGAUGCGUAUGGAUGGAAAGGGGCAAGGGGAACGAAGGGAAGGCGAUCAAGAGCAGAGCGGAAAGAAGAGGAAAGGUGUGGAGUGUGGAGGCGGGAGUGGGGUCACGGGGGUUAUGGGCAGCACUGGUGGGGUUAUGGCUACGGGCGGUGCGGUCAUGAGUGAGGGUGUGAGUGGUGCUGGGCAGGUGAAACGGAUGUGUGGGCCAGGAGAAGGGUGA